AUGCCAUUUUCACAAAAUAACAUCAAGCAAGAUUAUACAAUCACACAAGCAGAGGUUUCCGGCGCAUCCUCAAUCAUUUCAGGCAGUCCUAUUAAAAACCAAAUAGAUUUAGAAAAACAACUAUCAGGCGAAUGGUGUGAAGACGUUCGAGACCGAAUUUUCAACUAUCAUAUUUCAAGCAUAGAAACUCCGCAACAACAAUCCCAAAACCAUCCGUCAAAGCAUCAGAAGAUAUCUUUCCAUCUACCAACAAAAGAAAAAUCAGGUGAACAAAGCUUAUUUGAAAACACAAGAAAUGCCCAGCAGUCAAUUCUUCAGCAUUCGCCACUAUCAAGCUCAACAUCACGUGUGGUUGACUGGCUUCAAGUCUUGGGUGGAUUCUUGGCUAUGGUGAACUCUUGGGGCUGGUACGGUGUUUUUAAAACGUUUUACAACUUGGAACUGCUCAAUGAUCGACCACUGUUUCACAUUGCUUGGAUCGGUUCCAUUCAUACUUUUCUAGUCAUGACCGGGGGAAUCAUGAUGAGCAACCGGAUGGUGGCUGCUGGGUACACAAAAUUGGUGAUGAGUCUCGGGGCUGUCAUUACAGCCUUGGGCAUGAUGAUGGUGUCACUGUCCAGUAAAUACUAUCAAAUUGUCCUCUCUCAAGGCGUGGUCAUGGGUAUUGGGUGUGCCUUCUCUACUUCGGCAGCAAUCCCUACAAUCAAUGCAUAUUUUUCAGCCAAGCCUCAACUUUCGGCAAGCAGUAGCUGUAGCAGCUUUACUACCAACGAUAAUCCCAACCCUGUAAAGGAUUGGUACAGAAGGUAUCGCAAAGCUAUUGCAGUGGCCCUGGCAUCCACAGGUGGUGCUCUCGGCGGUAUCAUUUACCCAGCAAUGGCCCUUCGCGUUGUCCCUCACAUUUCGUUCCCCACAGCUGCUAAAGUGAUUGGUGCCAUUAUUUUUGGAACGCUAGUUGUUGCAACCUUGCUGCUCCGGCCGCUGCCUUCGGCGCCACGCCCAGUAUAUACUCUGUUAGGUAAUUCUGAAACCGGUGAGCCUUCGGUAUUCGUUAAAAUCAAGUCCGCGCUAUCUGAAAAUGUGUUUGACUUUAGUGCUCUGACUGAUAUAAACUUUGUGCUAUUAUCGCUCGGAGCUAUGGCCUUUAAUGCCGGGCUCUAUGUGCCCAUUUUUUUCAUUUCGCAGUUUGGUAUUGCAUAUGGAGCCUCACUAAAUUAUGCAUUUUACCUGCUGCCAGUUCUCAACUCUGGAUCAGUUUUGGGCCGCGCACUGCCGCCCUUUCUGUCCCAAAAACUUGGGCCCUUCAACUCACUACUGGCAUCGAUGGCUGCAUGUAUUGUCAUUGGCUUUGCCUGGCUAGCAGUCUGUGACUCAGGUGGUGUCGCUUUGUUUGCAGUCAUGUUUGGGCUAACAUCGGGUGCUUUCAUGGCUUUGCCAAAUGCAUGCUUUGCAGCAGUGUCUCCAAGUGCUGCUAUCGCAGCCAAACGCACCAAUGUAGGUGCUUUCAUGUCAAGUGUUGGUAUUCUUGUGGGUCCGCCAUUGGGCGGCCUACUCCUUCGAGAUGGGGACUCUGACUUUUUCCGGAGUCAAAUAUACACUGGAACACUUAUGGCGGCCGGAGGGGUGCUUGUUUUGGCAGCAAGAUUAUCUUUUACGAGGGGCCAAAUAUUUGUCAAGGUUUAA